AUCUUGUGCGGUGUAUGUUAUGUGGUAAUUUUUCGUUUGUACAAUAUAUUUCAAUUAAAUAUAAUACCGGUGUCUUCGUCUACAUAAAAUUCAAUUUUGGGUGUGGAACAUGAAAGCUUAACGUCGAUACAUAAUCAUGACGAAAAUUAUUAUCUUGGAUUAAGUUUAACGCGUAUUUUUAUCACAAUUAAUCUUCUGAAAUCAUUCAAACCGAUUUUCAUAUAGAAAUGAUUUUGAUAUUGAAUUUUGGAAUUAGUCUUUUCUGAAAUGGCACAGUGGGCGGUUUUGCUUCUGGUAGCGAUUGCUGGAGUGGCUGUGGUGUCUGCGGAUCCGGCUCUGACCUUCGUCGAAAAUGUCAGGGCCGGCGCCAGGAUCGUAUCAGGAUGGGAAGCAGAAGAAGGACAGUUCCCUUACCAGCUGUCACUGCGCAUGGUGAACCCUGAGGGAGCAGUCAACGCUUGUGGAGCCACCAUCAUCCACAGCGAUUGGGGACUCACGGCUGCUCAUUGCACUGCUACUCGCGUAACCAUAGUCAUCAGAGCCGGUACAGUCAACAUGACACGGCCCGCCGUUGUUUUCGAGACGACAGAUUAUUUAAACCACCCACUUUACGACGAAUCGAUACAGCAGAUUGUACAACCUCACGACAUCGGCCUCAUCAAGUUUGGACGCUCCCUCGUUUUUAAUGACUACGUCCAACCGAUAAGGCUACAAAGCUCUUACCAUAAGGAUUACAACUACGACGGUUACCGUCUGACUGCCACCGGUUGGGGAAGAACCUGGACCAAUGGUACCGCUCCUGAAAAUAUGAAUUGGGUCUUCCUUCGAGGUGUGACCAACGCGUUCUGCUCAGAAAUUUUCGUAAUCAACAAUAUCGUUCAGGAUUCCACCAUCUGCGCUUCAGGAUACAACGUGACCAGCCAGUCUACCUGCCAAGGUGACAGCGGCGGAGGACUGACCGUUGUUGACGUUGACGGACAAGUGUCACAAGUUGGAAUUUCGUCCUUCGUUUCCAGUACUGGUUGUCACACUGAUUACCCUGCAGGUUUCAUUCGGCCUGGUCAUUACCACGACUGGUACUUAGAGGUCACCGGAAUCGACUUCGACUGGAAACCCGAAACAAUCGAACAACAAUGAACUGAAUCACUAAAUAAAUAAAGCAAUAAAAGCGA